AUGCAUUCCAUUCUAUCUCUUUCCCUCUUCCUCGCUCUUCCCCCCUUCUCAUUCGCCCUUCCCGCCCCGUCCUCCCCACCCUUCGACAUCACCUGGUACGUCACCUCCUUUGAAGUCCUCGAUGGGUCCGCAACAAACACCCCCUCCUACGCCAGCUUCACCUUCGUCGACCCACGCCCCGAAUACCAUUUCAACAUCUCGUGCUUCGGCUUCCCCAGCAGCGGCGAUUCCGUCUUCUCCCCAAGAAUGCGGAGGUGCGGAUCGGCACCCGACAACGUGCAUGUUCGGAUUACGGACGGCGAGGUGCAAUUCAGGCGCAGUUGGCAGUCGCAAUCGGGUGAAUGGCUGUCGGGUAUCGCGACCCAGGGGACGUACUGGAACGAGGGCGAGGGCGGGAAUGCGACGAGUACAGCGGAAGGAAAGUUGUAUACGCGGACGACGGAUUGGGCGUUCCCUGUAACGUCGAUAGUUGGAUGA